GACUUAUCGCAUAACCAUCUGAAUGGAACUAUUCUCGGCUGCUUAAUGAUGGGGUCCCUCGUGGUAUUGAAUCUGAGAAGUAACCAGUUGAGUGGCGAUAUUCCGCAAAAUAUCCCGGAAACAUGCAAUUUGAAAACAUUGGAUAUCAGUGAGAAUUUUUUACAGGGGCAGAUUCCGUUGUCGUUGGCAAAUUGCACGAAGUUGGAGAUUUUGAACAUUGGGGACAAUCAAAUAGGCGGGACAUUUCCAUGCCAUUUCAAGGCCAUAUCAAGUCUCCAUGUCCUUGUUUUACGACUCAACAAAUUGCACGGGGAAAUUCGAUGUCUGCAUAGCAACAUCACCUGGCAAAUGCUUCAAAUCAUUGACCUAUCUUCAAAUGAUUUCAGCGGCACACUGCCUGCGAGUCUCUUUGCAUCUUGGGUGGCUAUGAAGGCCAAUGUGGACUUCGUUCGCCUGCCGUAUCAGUUUUCCUCGAGUGGGCUCUAUUACGAAGAUACAAUUAGUGUAACCUUGAAAGGUCUACAGCUAGAGCUUGUUAGGAUCCUGACUAUUUUCACGUCAAUCGAUUUCUCGGGCAAUAGAUUGGAGGGUCCAAUACCACACACACUUGGGGAUCUCAAAGCACUUUAUUUUCUCAACCUAUCGCAUAAUGCCAUUUCGGGUUCAAUUCCUCCUGUUUUGGGGAAUCUGCAUCAGCUUGAGUCAUUGGACCUCUCAUGGAACUACCUCAGAGGAACCAUACCGGCUCAACUUGCGAAUCUUGAUUUCCUUUCAUUCCCGAAUCUCUCCAACAAUCAACUUGUGGGAAGCAUCCCGGCUAGCGGACAGUUUCUCACGUUUUCUGAAAGUUCUUUUGCAGGAAACCUCGGAUUGUGCGGGCUUCAGCUCAACAAAAGUUGCUCAAUUCCCACGAACGGAACGGAAGAAGCUGGAGACGAUGGCAACAGUGAUGAUAAUGACUUCAAGUGGUUUUACAUGGGCAUACCGAUUGGGUUCGUCGUUGGCUUCUAGGCAUUUUGUGGUCCGUUAGUGUUUAUCCAAUCAUGGAGGUUUGCUUAUUAUCGAUUCUGGGAUAAAGUGCUAUUCAGACACGCACGUCCAUGAAGAUUUCCCUUGAGGUUUAGUUGUUAAUAUAGUUUCUAUGUUUUUAAUAUUUGGGU